AUGUUGCAACUGAACAUAUUAAAUUUUGCUUUUCUUAAUUAUUAAUAUUAAUUAUCAAAAUUUAUAAUUAUUGUCUCUUUUUCUGAUAAGUAUUUAGAAUUCAUUAACAAAUUGUAAAUAUAUGUUUAAUAUAUAUAGCAAAAUAGUAUUUAAAUAGAAAUCAAAAAGAGAGUAGAAUUAUCAUAAAAAAAUAACUGUCAUUGAAUUUUGUUGUUCUUCUCCACUAAUGCAAUUAUGUUUAAAAAACGUAAUAACAAAUAUAUAGAAUAUAUGAAUAUUAGAGAGAUUAAUAGAGAAAAAUAUAAAAUUAUUUUUGAAAACUACGUUUUUCAAACAUCAACAAUGUUUAUUAAAUGAAAAUUCUAGAAUUAGAUAUAAAUUAUACAUUCCUACUUAUUUUUAGGUAUGUAUAAAGAUAAUCAUCUAAUAAAGGUUGAAUAUUAUUCAUUAAUGUCGAUUGUUAACUCUCUAUAAUAUGCUAUAUAAUCUAUUUAUUAUUUUAAUCAUCAUUUUGAUUAUGCAAAAAAAAACGCCAUUAAACAGGUCUGUUGUUCUAGAAUGGUUUGAAUAACCACAAUAAGAAUUUGCAGAUACACUUCUCAGAAAUUAUUAAUUCACAUUCUCCAAAAUACCAACGCAAGAAGAAAUUUUAUCAAUUUUAUGCUCAGUUGAAAAAGCAUACAAUAGUAAAAGAGGUGCUUGGACUCCAUGUUAAGAUAAGUUUCUAAAUCUUGCUGUUUUAGGCAUAUGUUUAAAGUACUUAAUGAAGCCUAUAGAGUUAGUAAUAAAUAUUAGUUUAUUUUUUAAUAGUCUUCAUAAUAGUGGGAAUAGAUUUCUAGAUUGUUUAGAUUUCAUAAUUGGAAAGCUUGUAGAAAUCGAUGGUUAGAAGAAUGUCAUAAAAAAGCAAAUUGGACUCCUUAAGAAGACAAAGUUUUAACUUAAUUAUAGUAAUUUAAACCAAAUAAAUGGUGUGAGAUUGCUAUAGAUUUGAUGAGAAUUUGUAAAACUCCUUAUAUUAGAUAAGGAAAGUAAUGUCGAGAUAGAUGGGUAAAUAAACUUGAUCCAAAUAUUGUUAAGUAAACUUAUAUAUAUAAUAUAUAUAGUCAUCCAUGGACAAAAGAAGAAGAGCUUUAGUUGUUUAGAGAAAUAGAAUAAAGAGGAAAGAAAUGGGCAGAAAUUUCUUUGUAAGUAUUUUAAUUGAGGAGAACUGAGAAUACUAUUAAAAAUAGAUAUUAUAAUUUAUUAAAACAAGCUGAAACAAAGAUGAAAUUCGGAAGGAUAACAAAAGAGUAAAAAAAUAAAGCAUUAGUUGAUUCAGUAAUUAAAUAAUUAGAAACAUCUGUAAAUUAUCAACCAAAAUAAGAAGAAACAGAGGAAUAAGAAAAUAAAAAUUAUAAAUUAGAUUAAUUUGAUUUUAGUAAUUUAGAAGAUUAUGAAGAAGUUGUUAUCUUGGUCUAAAAGAAGCUUGUUAAAUUAAAUGAUCAAGUUUGAUA